AUCCGCCCUCGGCUUAUACCUUUUUCACUAUUUGUUUUAGUAGCUCUUCUCUCUCCAUGUGCAUGUUUGGACGAUGGUGUAUCACAUCGGUUAUCCCCACGAAUGCGGUUUGCUGGUCCAGGGAGGCAGUCGUUUGGCGCCACGGAACCAAGUUUUGUAUAGAUCCAUCUUCGGUCCAGUCGAGAUAUCAUUUCGAUUUUGUCUAUGCCUUCAUCUAUGAAUGUACCCCUGUCUCUUUUUUUUCCCCGCUGUUCUACUUUUUCUUAUCAUUUUUAUCUCGACGGCAACCUUUGGCCGAUGGACAUGACUGCUAGGCAUGCAUGGAAGCAUCAUCUGCGGAAAGCUGUUGCGGUGUUUGUUUUUUUAUCCUUAACGCAUCAUAGAUGGGGCAAUGUAAAACACGUUCUGCUUCUUAUGACAUGGAAAAUCGAAGUGAGAGUGACGGACCUUGUGAUGGGAUGGACUCCUUGCGUCGCUGAGGGACCCGGGUCAUUCAUCAGGGUCACCUGCGUUAGCCAAAGACCUUUUGAAAACGAAUGGAGUAAGAGCAAGAUUUUAUCAAUUUCACGGGACAUAACCGACGCUGCAUCGGGGGCACCUUCCCUCAUCUCGUAUGCCAUUGCCGAACGAGGGUUCCUGAGAUGUCUCCUGGCAAUACCCGUAUUCUGCGCCAACACAUCUCCCCCAACAAAAAUAGCGGCCACUUUUGCGCUAUGAACCUGUAGCGAGGAUAUUUCCACGAGCAUGACCUUUGCACGCCCUGACACCUCGUGACUGCUACACGAAGGUUAUUGCCAAUAGUUGUAGCUCGAUGAAGUGACUGCCAGAUCAGACGAUCAUAAUAGUUCCCCGACGACAGAGUAACAAAGAAGUGAUUUAGCAGUAAGACAGGAAAAGUGGGAAAGGAAGAGCAGCGGAGGACUAAAGAGGCCAGAACCACGAUCACGAUGAUUAUCUAGAUAGUUGGUUGUCAAUCAGAGCCACAACUAAAAAAG